UUGUUUCUGUAGCUUGCUAGCAAGCUAACGGUAACUGCGCGAUCACUCGAGUAGCUCGCUGGACAUGCAGUUUUGGUGUUCACGUCAGUUCUAUGAUACAAAAAAGUUGGCUGCAAUAUGGAAGAAGAGCCAGAUCAAACGCCAAAACUGGAAAAUACUUCAGCAUUGCUUGAAGAUCAUGCGUCGCAAGAUCCCAGCACAAUAACUUCACAGUCAACAAGUCCACAAGAAGAAGUGAAUAGUGCGUCUACCAAUGGGGCAGACAAAAGCACACCCAUGCCUUGCAUUUCUACCGAGUCAAAGAUUGCUACAGAAGCAGUUGCCGUUGGCGAGUCAAAUAACAAUACGCUCCCUGCUCACUUAGGUCUAGAUAAUGCCCUGAAAUCUUACUCAGAUGAGAGCACGAGAAAGCCGGAAUCAGAGAAUGACGACUUAACCUCGGGACAGACCGGUCAGGUUGAAGACAUGGAGGUCACCGUAUCUACCAAGAUGGAAAACCUGAAUUUCGGCUGCACCUCAACGGCGGCAGCAGCAGCAGCGAGUCAGGACCCUGUAUGUUUACCCGAAGGCGUGACUGUUCCCCAAGUGCAAGUAAUGCUGAGGGACAGUGUCCAUGAGACCGAUGUCACUGAAGACAGUGAUGACAGCAGCUCCUCUUCAGACUCCUCCUCAGACAGUGAUUCAGACUCCUCUUCCUCCUCCUCUUCCUCCUCAUCCUCCUCUGCACCUCUGACAGUCCCUGGUGAAGCCGAUGAUGAUGAGGAUGAAGAAUUUGGAGGUCAUGGCGGUGGAAGGAAGCCACCACCAGUGAAGACACAGGAUGAAGUUCUCAUUGAGGACCUGCCAGCUGUGGAGGAGGUGACCAUCACUCUACCAGAAGACGCUGAAAUCCAGCCCUUUGGAGUCAUCUCCAGCAUCAUUGACCAGCUAGUAAUAAUUGAAUCGUUCAAGGACACCCCACCUUUGAAAGAUGACAGCGUCAUAUUUAACAAGGAAAGGGUAUCUGUUGGAAAGGUGUUUGAAAUCUUUGGACCUGUCUACCACCCGUACUAUAUCCUUCGAUUUAACUCUCUGGAGCACAUUGCUGAGAAGAACCUCAAACUGCAGGAGACGAUGUACUUCGCCCCGUCGUUGAAAGACUUCACUGAUUACGUAUUCACCGAACAGCUGAAGCAGGAUAAAGGCUCAGAUGCAUCAUGGAAGAAUGACCAGGAGCCACCACCUGAGGCUUUGGAUUACAGUGAUGAUGAGCAGGAGAAACAGGCCAAGCAGAAGAAGAAGAAGCAGAAUCAGCAAAAGAGGCCACAUCAGAGGCCCGAUCAGAGCGAGGCCGACAACAAUGUGGGUAAACCUGCACCAAACAGACAAGCUCAGACUCAACCCAGACAGGCUGGCAGACGGCCUCACGGCUGGAGCUUCAGCCAGCACGCAGGAGGCGGUUUCCCAAACAGACACGCACACCCCCACUCGCACCCUCAUGACAGCCGGAUGAUGAUGGCACCUCCCCCUCAGCAACACGAACGCGGACACGUCAUGCUACCUUACCCACCUCCCUUUCCGCACCCGGGCCCGAACAUGCUGCCGUUCUACCCCCCCUUCCCGCUGCCGCCCCCUCCUCCCAUGAAUAUGCCCUGGCCCAGUCAGGGAAUGGGACCACCACCCCCCCUGCACGGCAUACCCUUUCAGCAUCUCCCACCCCCUCCCCCACCACCACCCCCACCCCCUCCCUCUGGCCCAUCACAGUACCCCCCUCACGGAGGACCCCAGUUUUAGUGGUCUGCACGCGUCUUGCUUACUGCACUGUUUUCCUUUAGUGAGGAGUCAUUGUACUCAUUGAACUGGCCAUACUUUGGAUUGGCUGUGGACUGUUUGGGGCAAACACAUGAAAAUAUUUUGCUUGUAAUCCAGAGGACCACUUAUUUUUAUACUAGAACUGAUUGCAUAGACGUUUAGUGCCAAUAGUAUAUCUUAGGUGUGAUCUGGGCGUUUCUGUGAAUUGUUUUGUCACAUGACUCUGUAAACUUGAUGUGUCUGCUUGCACACAUGAGCUUAGGUUUUGUCAAAUAUUUUCUAAUUUUUUUUGCUACAAAUUGUUCUCACAGCCUGUAAGUUAGUUGUAGGUUGUUUGUACCAAAACCCCGAUGUUUUGUGGAAAUUGUGUAUGUCUUGAUGCACUGCUUCACGUAAAAUACACUUUUCAGGUGGAAAA